AUGUCUCGGAAACGUCCCAUCGCUAGCGCUAAGCGCACACGCACUGCGCGGACCUUUGAUGAGGUACCGAAGAAAUCAAAGGUGGUGCUGCUGUCUUGUGGGUCUUUCAACCCAGUGACAAAUAUGCACCUGCGCAUGUUUGAACUGGCAAGAGAUCACCUGGAGGACACGGGACGGUAUGAAGUGGUGAAGGGGAUCCUGUCACCAGUGGGCGAUGGCUACAAGAAGAUAGGCCUGAUCGAGGCCAGCCAUCGGGUGGAAAUGGCCAAGCUGGCGGUAGAGAGCUCCAGCUGGAUUGAGGUGGACAGCUGGGAGAGCAGGCAGGCCGACUGGCAAGAGACAGUCAAAGUGCUACGGCAUCAACAACAGGAACUGCUCUCCCAGGAACCGGACACUGAUGUGGUAGGCACUGCAAAACCUGGCAGGAAAAGAAAACGCAUGGAUGCCAGCAGUGCCACCAAGAGGAGGAAGCUCGAAGAGCCUGAUAUUGCACCUAAAAAAACAGGUAAUAAUUGGAGCUUCCCCUUACACAGUCCCUUUGCCUUCUUACUGCAUUAUGCCGCUCCCCUCGAUGUUUCCGCUGCCUCCUCAGGUGAGCCGCGCGUGAUGCUACUCUGCGGUGCUGAUGUGCUGGAAUCAUUCGGUGUGCCGGGGCUGUGGAAGCCUCAGCACAUCGAGGAGAUUGCCAGCACAUUUGGACUGGUGUGCAUCACCCGCGGCGGAUCGGAUGCGGAAGCCUUCAUACAGGGCUCCGACCUCCUCUUGCCACACCGCAGCAACAUCCACGUGGUGCAGGAGUGGGUGGCCAACGAUGUGUCGGCCACUCGCAUCCGCCACGGGCUGCGGUGUGGCCACAGUGUCCGCUACCUUCUGCCCGACCCGGUGCUCGGCUACAUUCAGGAGCGGCAGCUGUACAAUGCGGAGAGUGAGCAGAGGAACGAAGGGGUUGUGCUGGCUCCUCUCCAGAAAUGUGCAAGAACGCAGGAGUAAGCACAACCCCCCUCUGCCACUCUGCCCUCCUGUAGCCUCGUCAACUUGCCAUUUCCAUCUUCCCAUUGGUUUGGAAUCCCCUUAAUGCAUCACCAAGAGGAGGAAGCUUGAGGAGGCAGAGA